AAAGUCGUAAAUCCCGCCUAUUUCUACCAUUUAUAUUCUUAAAAUCUGAUUUUAAACCUAAUUCCCUAACCUUAACCACACUGCUAACCUUAUGCCUAACCCUAACCUUAAAUUAAGACCAAAAAGCAACAACAAAAUCAUGCAUUUUUACGAUAGCCAGACUUUUUGGCUGUGGUAACUAGUGGAAACCCUGAUUCAGAGGAGUAGAACGAAGCGGAUAACGGGGAGAAUGGAGACUGGUGCAACGACAAACGACACAUAGCCUAUGUCUUUACCACGACCUCGCUCAAGAAAUGAUGCACCUCUCAAAUUCCUCGCGCACCGAGGCCUUACACCGAAGUCAGAAGAUAAGGUAAAUGGCUGAAUCGAGUUGGGAGCUACUGUGCCUCUGUCUGGCCGACCAAUGCAGUGUGUAGGGACGGUCGCCCAGCCCGACGAAAACAUGAACGGAGCGGGGGAGCAGGUGGACAUCCUGUCUCCCAACUGCAUGGUAAAGGACCGAUGGAAAGUGCUGAAGAAGAUUGGUGGGGGAGGUUUUGGUGAGAUCUAUGAAGCAUUGGACCUGCUGACCAGGGAGAAUGUGGCUCUAAAGGUAGAGUCAGCCCAGCAGCCUAAACAGGUUCUCAAGAUGGAGGUGGCCGUCCUCAAGAAACUGCAAGGAAAAAAUCAUGUAUGUAAAUUCAUCGGAUGUGGAAGGAACGAGAAGUUUAACUAUGUGGUCAUGCAACUUCAGCAGGGGAGAAACCUAGCAGACCUGAGGAGGAGUCAGCCUCGCGGCACCUUCACCAUGAGCACCACGCUACGCCUGGGCAAACAGAUUCUGGAGUCCAUAGAGGCCAUCCACUCUGUGGGCUUCCUGCACAGAGACAUCAAGCCUUCUAACUUUGCUAUGGGUCGACUCCCCUCCACCUAUAGAAAGUGCUUCAUGUUAGACUUUGGCCUGGCUCGCCAGUACACCAACACUACCGGAGAGGUUCGACCGCCCAGAACUGUGGCGGGAUUUCGGGGAACUGUUCGUUAUGCGUCAGUAAAUGCUCAUAAAAACAAAGAAAUGGGUCGCCAUGACGAUCUAUGGUCGCUAUUUUACAUGUUGGUAGAGUUUGCAGUCGGUCAGUUACCAUGGAGAAAAAUUAAAGAUAAGGAGCAAGUGGGUCAGAUUAAAGAGCGCUACGACCACAGAAUGCUGCUCAAACACAUGCCUUCUGAGUUUUACAUCUUCCUGGAUCAUGUUUUAGGCCUUGACUACUUCACCAAACCAGAUUACCAGUUGCUGAUGUCGGUCUUUGAGAACAGUAUGAAGGAACAUAUCAUCACAGAGAACGAGCCUUUUGAUUGGGAGAAGGGAGGGACGGAUGGAGUGCCUCUGUCUACCAGCACGUCAACGCCCCCUCAACAGAACACACGACAGACUCCCGCCGUGAUCGGGGUGGUGAACGUGACUCUGGUUCCUGGGGAGCUGCCGAGGGAGAACACAGAUGACGUUCUACAAGACGAGCACCUGAGUGACCAGGAGAACGCUCCACCUGCAGUACCCAGCAGGCCUUGCGAGGGGACACCUCCCCCGAUGGAAGCCGAGGCGUGGAACGACACCGACUUAAACCGCAACCAACUCAGGAUCAGCAUCAGCAAGGGGAAGUUGGCUGCGGAGGAAGAGGAGCCUGCUAGAGGGACGUGUCCUGAUGCCCUCGUGGGUGGAGCUCCCCCAGAAAUGACUGGUGCUCAGGUCUGCGCUCUGCGGUACCGGAGGAUCAACAGCCCAGAGUCAGACCGUCUGUCCGCUGCAGACGGGAGACCAGACAUCUACGACAAACGAGGGUCUCGUAUGGACAUCCUGGGAUCCCCGUCCCGCCACGUGCAGUCCUCCCAGCCGGCCCAGAUGCACUCCCUGGAGGGAGGAGGUGGGGACCGGCAGGGUGGCAGUGGUAGACCAGGUCAAGAGGUCUCCGUAGCCUCUGUGGCCGACCCCGAGGCCCACAGUAACGCGUUCAUCCGGUCUGUACCACUCGCCGAGGAGGAAGACUUUGACAGCAAGGAGUGGGUGAUCAUCGACAAGGAGACUGAGCUCCAGGACUUCCUGGGUCUCCUGGGCCCAGGGGCUGAGCCCACCACCUCGGGGCCCACCACCGACGAGGAGCCUGAGGAGCUGAGGCCCCUAGACGAAAUGGAGGAGUGGAGGAGGUUACGGGGAGCUGGAGGUGGAGAGGUGGUGGUGAGGCCAAAGAUGCGAGCAGGAGGCAUUGGGGCGCAGCCAGAAGGGGAGGGGUCUAAUGGGGCCAGUCCUGGGUACCCAGGUUAUCACACUCUGCCUCAUAGCCGUGGACACAGACCACGGCCACAGUCGGAGUACUUUGGAGCUCACGGACAGGACCUGGAGCAGAUCAGCCCAUACCAGGGUGGCAGUGGGGAGGACCUCAACUUCCAGGGUGUAGAGAGAGAGAGGCCUAAACUACCCGCGCUGGCCCAGCAUCGCUUUCGACGGGUGGACUUCCUCUCUGCCAUGCUCACCGGCGCCGCCACCCUUCCACCACUCCAAACCUCCUUUGAGGUUGAUUCCAGAACAUGUGUUGAGCAGGAUCAGGAUGGGAAUGUGGAUGCCGCUGAGGUCGGGGCUGGGGCAGUGUACAGCGGUGAUGGGAGCCCCAAGAGCAGCGAGCACAGCCAAGAGGGUGAUGAUGGAGCUCCCUCUACUCUUCUUGCAGACGAGCCUCCUCGGGAAUACCCUCGCCGGGCCUCUUCAGGAGUGGGGUUUGGUGGUGAUCCGGACCUGGAGCUGGAGGAAGGCUCCAAGACCCUGGUGCUCUUCUCCCCUGGAGACGUGAGGAGGUCCCUUGCCGUGGUGGGUGAUCUGCCCCCGGACGAUGCCGGGAGUCACCAGGGGACGCUGGCAGCCAUCACACCCCAGUGCGAGAGAGCUCUGGGACCUCUGGGAAGCCUGCUGGACGUGUCUGAGCCAGGUACUUUAUUCUCGCAGUUGAAGUCCGAGCCCAAACCGCCUUCGACGGCCAUCUCCGCCAUGCUGGUCAAUGUGGCGCCCAAUGUUGUUACUCCCACCAGCACCUCCCCUCCUUUCACCAAAGUAGAGCGGACAUUUGUACAUAUUGCCGAGACUACCCACCAUAAUGUGAUGAGCUCCUCAGGGACUCUGCAGCUCAGGCUGCUGCUCCCUGGGCUGGUUGAGGAGCCCACAGACGAACAGGAGAACCACUCGGAGGAAGAGAAAGAGCAGGAUGUCUUGGAUGGAGAGAAAGAGAGGAGCAGGGAGAGCAGAUCCGAUGUGGACCGUUCAGACUUUGAGAAGGAGAGGGAAAGUGGAUCUGAGGGCGAGGUUCCAAACAGAGACAGUGAAGAGGGGAGGGAGAGUGGAUCUGAGGGCAAGGUUCCAAACAGUGAAGAGGGGAGGGAGAGUGGAUCUGAGGGCAAGGUUCCAAACAGAGACAGUGAAGAGGGGAGGGAGAGUGGAUCUGAGGGCAAGGUUCCAAACAGAGACAGUGAAGAGGGGAGGGAGAGUGGAUCUGAGGGCGAGGUUCCAAACAGAGACAGUGAAGAGGGGAGGGAGAGUGGAUCUGAGGGCAAGGUUCCAAACAGAGACAGUGAAGAGGGGAGGGAGAGUGGAUCUGAAGGGGAGUUCCAAAAGACAUACGACGUACAGAGGAGGGAGAGUGGAUCAGAAAGCAACGUCUUUGAGAAAGACGGGGACGAAGUGAGCAGGUUUGAGGAGGAGGAAGAGGAGAAGAGAGAGAGUAGGUCCAAGGAGGAAGAUCCCGAGAGAGAAAUCCCAGGUUCCCCAGAGAGAGACAACAGGGCUAAGGAGGAGGAAAAGGAUGUUGUAAAGAAAGAGGUUGAGGAGUUAAUCCCCCCAGAAAAAGAGAUGGAAGAAGAGCCAGAACUUGGGGACGAAGCCCAGCCAGCGAUCCAGUCAAACCUCUCCUCUCCCAUUCUUGGUGCCCCAGAAGAACCUGAAUCCCAGGAUAUCCUGGCCAUUUCAAUAGAAACCAAGUUAGACUCUGAAACAGAGGACACCCCUAUUGUCGUUUUGCCUGAGAUGGAGCCUGCCCAAGACGAGAUGUUAGCAGAGAAGGAGAGCCAGAUCCAUCUCGAACAAAACAAUGAGGCUUCUCCACAGGAGGAACCCAAGGACCCUGGUGAUCCAGAAAAAUUGGCAGAGGCCAGCAAACAGACCAGGCCUCAGAAAAUGAGCCGAAUCCCGGUUCUCUCCCGGUCUGAGGAGGACACCAGCUCGGACCAGGACCAGUCGGCGGCGUCCCAGUCAUUCAAGUCUCGUCAGAGGGCCAAGCGACCUCACCUAGCCCGGCUGGUCAUGGAAAGGAGGCAAGGUCGCAUGCUAAGACUGGCUUCUGUUUCCUCUGCGUCCUCUGCGGAUGAUGGCUGUAAAGUUCCAGCAGAGAUCCAGUCAGAGGAAGACACCCAUGAUGAGGACAACUAUCUGCCCAGGAAGGAGAGGGGAAUUUGGGGGGAGAGGAGUGAGGGGCGUCAAAGGAGCAGAAUACCCCGUCCUGUCACGCCUGUUAAGCUACAGGGAUCCUCUGUUACACCAUUUCAUGCUGUCUCCCAAACUGGCCCCAGCGCUAAUCUCCACAAACCCCAACUUUCAACUAUAUAUGCUAGGCAUCAAUCUCACAAAACUAGGACCCCAAGAAUAAAUGUUCCACUGCACCAGAGGUCCCAGACUCUGCAGUCCCGACCCGGACCCGGGGCCAACUCCUCCUUCUUAUUCUCCACCCCCCAGACCCCCCUGCGUGGGCUCAUCUCCCGAACCCCUCUCUCUGCAUGCCCCUCCCCCCGUAGCCUCAGCACCUCCCCCUGUUGCUACUCCACUUCCCGGACCGACAGCCCCUCCCCUCAGCGCCCACGCCGGGGGGCUGCAGUUACAGAAGUCCGGAGGCAGCUCAUAUCCGUGCGGGCGCAGACUGCACUUCCGCUAAAACCCAGACCGCCUCAAACCGAUGAUUCCUCAGCCCCUGCGAUGCCCAGGAGGCGAGGCAAACUUUACCCGUUGUCAUCUACAUCCACACCCACCAAGGGGAAGUCAGAUGCUUCUGAGAGCAAGACAACCACCAGAUAAUAUAGCCUAGCUUAGUGUAUCAGGGCUAUCUAUCCACCAGAACAUCCACACUGCACUUCACACACCCCUUUAUCUACUGUAUGUCAGAGUAACUCCACGACCUCAAACGUGUUUGUGCAAAAACACUAUGUUUCAACUCUCAGCUUAAGAUAACAAAGAGGGGUCUGCUUCUAAUCACAGUUAAGGCCAAGAACAAAACCAGUAAUAGAGAGCACCAGGCAGCGGUGAGACCCCCAAUGCCACAGACUAGGGAAGUGGGUGUGACCCCCAAUGCCACAGACUAGGGAGGUGGGUGAGACUCCCAAUGCCACAGACUAGGGAAGUGGGUGUGACCAUGGGUGUGACCCCCCAAUGCCACAGACUAGGGAAGUGGGUGAGACCCCCAAUGCCACAGACUAGGGAAGUGGGUGAGACUCCCAAUGCCACAGACUAGGGAAGUGGGUGUGACCCCCCCAAUGCCACAUACUAGGGAAGUGGGCGAGACCCCCAAUGCCACAGACUAGGGAAGUGGGUGAGACCCCCAAUGCCACAGACUAGGGAAGUGGGUGUAACCCCCCAAUGCCACAAACUAGGGAAGUGGGUGUGACCCACCCAAUGCCACAGACUAGGGAAGUGGGUGUGACCCCCCCAAUGCCACAGACUAGGGAAGUGGGUGUGACCCCCCAAUGCCACAGAAUAGGGAAGUGGGUGUGACCCCCCAAUGCCACAGACUAGGGAAGUGGGUGUGACCCCCAAUGCCACAGACUAGGGAAGUGGGUGUGACCCCCAAUGCCACAGACUAGGGAAGUGGGUGUGACCCCCAAUGCCACAGACUAUGGAAGUGGGUGUUUGUUACCUCCUUCUGCAGCUGAGGCCUCCCUGCACCUGUCUGGGAACUUGUUCCUUAGCAGGGUUUGAAUUACACAUUGACUCUUGGGGCUCUGCACGAUGAUGGUGCCCAAUGUCCAUAUCGAUUGUGGGGUGCCUCAUUUGUUAUGGGGUUCCACUAGCCUCCCCUAGCCCCCCUGUGAUUCUGACUCAGUACAGCAGCCCUCGUAUGCCUUAAUAAGACCUGUUCUAAGACCAGUUCUUGUCUACUCCUCCCAUCACUAACGCUUCCAGGGAAGAAAAAAAACUGCAACAGCAGAGCAGCAGCCUCCUCUGUUCUCACUUACUAGUUUGCUUAAAGAAGUGCUUUAAAUUAAAAUGAUUACGUGUGAUAUGAAAAUAAUAUAUAGCUAAAUUAUAGGAUGAACGUUAUUUAGGUCAGACCACGGAUAGUAGUUUAGGUAACACUUGACGUUCCUUCUUAUGAAGAGUUCUGAACUGUUAUAUUGCGUUAUAAGCGUUCAUAGCACCUUAUAGAAGUCAUGGAGCAUUAUGAAACUACAAUAAAGCAAUUAGGUACCAGAGACUGUUAUAUAUUAUUAAUAUCUCUCUCAUGCCUUAUUACUUGAUUGUCAAGUUUCACAAUGCUCAAUGACUGCAUCUAUGAGAUUCUAUUAAGGUUUUUAAAGCAUUAUAACACUUUACAAGGUGCUUUGAGUAAAGUUACCGUCAUGUAGAUAAUAAUCAGGGACUGGUAAAUUUGCAUUUUGGAAUGAAAACCUGUGCCCGACCUACUGUAUGAUAACCGCCAUAGAGUAGUAUACAGUCUCAUAAAGCCCUAUGAAGGUGUUCAUUAGACAAUAUCACACUUCACCAGGAGCUGCUUCAAGUGCUGCUAAAUGUUUCAUGCAGUAGGCCAAUAUCUCUGUUUGAACUAAGGGUGACGCUUUAAAUUAAGGUACCUUUAUUGUAAAGUGUUACCGAAAUAAGUCUCAUUAUUCCUCUGUCUUUUUCAUUGAGAUAGAAAAGGAUUUUGAGGGAAUCGAAAUGAAUGCAUAAAGUCGAUGUACUUGUGGCUUUGUAAUGGUCAGCAUGUGUUCUUGUCUACCUUGGGAAACGGUUCACCCAGAUAUGAUCAUGAGUGGCUUUUAUUUUGGAGGAGUUCAUUAGAUGUACCUACAGAGUCCCAAAUGGCUCUAUAUUCCCAAAUUAGUGCACUACUUUUGACCAGAGCCCAUAGGGAGUAGGUUGCCAUUUGAGGCUCAUAUUAAAUCAGAAACACAUUUAAAGAUAGAUACUGUGGAAUGUGUCCAAAUGAGCAUGAUUUCUGUUAUUGUUGUAUUAGGGACUGUACUUUAUUUAUAAUGAGGGAUACCUGGAGGAAAUCAGACCUCUCGGAAAAGAAAAUUGAUGUCCCUCCCUUCAGUAAAAAAUAUUGCACACUUGAAAAAACACUAGUGACCUUCCCCUAUACCCCAAAAAAUAAUUCAAACAAAGUGGAUAGCAGACAACAUGCCUAAUGUUUACCCUCACUCGUAGGACAGACAAGAGCCUUAGAUAUGCAGUUUUAGAAACUGUAAGCAUUACAUGAAACCGUUUCAUAAGCAUUACAUGGCUAAGUAGCAAGGGCGGUGGGCCAGAAGGUUGUGGAUUCGCAGACCACUGUGGACAAGGGUAGUGGUGAAAAGCUCUGCUUUAUAAUAAAAGCACUGCAUGAAUCUUAUCAUCUUAUUUGCAGUUCUGAGAAAAAAAUUGCCUUUUAUCAACUCAGAAGCAGAAUUUCGUCUAAUACCUCAACAGUGCAUGACAACGAAUGAGCGCAUGCUGCAGCACAGGAGACAUUUUGAUUUCUAUACGCUAUUGUUAAAAAAAUAGGAUCGUCUUCAGUUUGGAACAGUGCUAAAGUUGUCUAUCAACUGUAAACAUGUAGAACAACCGAACCAGUAUCUGAGUAUCUGAUCAUAAAUGAAUUUGUUUUUUUAACACAGUAGCCGCAGAUCAUCAGGUAGGCCUAUAUGCACUUGCAACUUAUUUCAAUUGUAAAACUAUCAUUUUCUAAUUCAUUCUAUUUUAUUCCGUUACAUUCCUGUUACAAAAUAGACAUGCAUAGCUCACCACAUGAUCCUCAAACCAAAGACGGGCCAAACUCAUGUUUCUAAAAGUCAAUUCAAAGGCACUGUAGAAUGACAGUGUAGCCCAAUUAGGAUUUUUUUGUUUCAUUGAUAUUUCAUUCUAAGUAAUUAUUUUAAACAGCCUUAAUGAAAAAUGUAUAGGCAUGUCAUUAAAGUGCUGUUUUUGAUGUGCUGUUGAAAUGCUGACCACUCCUGCCUGCCUGUAGCUUGUCACGAAUCCUUCACAAUGUAUUUAUUAAAUAGCAGACUAGACCCUUAUACAGAAACCCAGGCUAAAACCCCAAACAGAAAGCAAUGCAGAUGUAAAAGCACGGUAGCUAGGAAAAACUCCUUAUAAAGACUGGAACCUAUGAAGAAACUUAGAGAGGAGUCAGGCUCUGAGGGGUGGUCAGUCCUCUACUGGCCGUGCCGGGUGGAGAUUAUAAGAGUACAUGGCCAUUAAGGCCAGAUCGUUCUUCAAGAUGCUCAAACGUUCAUAGAUGACCAACAGAGUCAAAUAAUAAUCACAGUGUUUAUAGAGGUUGCAACAGGUCAGCACCUCAGGGGUAAAUGUCAGUUUGCUUUUCAUAACUGAGCAUUCAGAGGUUAAGACAGCAGGUGUGGUAUAGAGAGAAGGGGACAGAGAGAGAGUGCGAGGGAGCAUGUCCAGUGAACGGGUCAGGAUUCCAUAGCCGCAGGCAGAUCAGCAAUAAUUGAGCUGUAGCAUGACCAGGUGGACUUGGGAGGGAAAACAGCCAAGAGUUGUCAGGCCAAGUAGUCCUGAGUCAUGGUUCAAGGGCUCAGGUCCUCCUGGAGGGGAGAGAGAGAGCAAGUGAGAGAUUGGAGAAUUAGAGGGCGCAUACUUAAAAUGACACAGGACAUCAGAUAAGACAUGAUAAUUACACCAAAUAGGACAGACUGACCCUAGCCCCCCGGCACAUAGACUAUUUAUUGCGGCAUAGAUACCGGAGACUGACACAGGGGGUGGUCGGGGGACAUUGUGGCCCCGUCCAACGAUACCCCCGAACAGGGUCAACUAGGCAGGAUAUAACCCCACCUAUUUUGCCAAAGCACAGCCCCCACACCACCACAGGGAUAUCAACAGACCACCAACAUACUACCCUGAGACAAGGUGGAUAUCCCCUACCGCACAAUCCCGAGGGGGUGCAAAACCGGACAGGAAGAUCACAUCAAUCACUCAACCCACUCAAGUCGAAUAAAGCGGGAAUAAAGCCUGGCACGACAUGAUGCACCCCUCCUAGGGACGGGAUGGGAGAGCACUAACAAGCCAGUAGCUCAGCCCCCAUAAUAAGGACAGAGGCAGAGAAACCCGGUGGAGAGAGGGGAGCCAGCUAGUCAGAGACAGCAUGGGUGGUUCGUCACUCCAGAGCCUUGCCGUUCACCGUCACACCCCUCUGCCAGAAUACACUUAAUCAUAGGGCCUACUGAAGAGAUGAGUCUUCAGUAAAGACUUAAAGGUCAAGACCGAUUCUGCAUCUCUCACAUGGAUCGGCAGACCAUUCCAUAAAAAUGUAGUUCUAUAGGGGAAAGCCCUCGUUAGCUGCUUACUUAAAAACACUAGGAACAAUGAGGAGGCCUGCGUCUUGUGACCGUAGCGUACGUGUAGGUAUGUACGGCAGGACCAAAUCUGAGAGAUAGGUAGGAGCAAGUCCAUGUAAUGCUUUGUAGGUUAGGUUUUAUUUGAGACAACUGUACAACCAUCAAGAUUAACUGUCAGAUUCAACGGAAGGUCUCUUUGUUUCUUAGGACCUAGAACAAGCAUCUCUCUUUUGUCAGAGUUUAUAAGUAAAACAUUUGCCACCAUUCACUUCCUUAUGUCUGAAACACAGGCUUCCAGGGUAGGCAGUUUUGGGGCUUCACCAUGUUUCAUCAAAAUGUACAGCUGUGUUGUCUGCAUAGCAGUGAAAGUUGACAUUGUGUUUCCGAAUUACAUCCAAAAGAGGUAGAAUCUAUUGUGAAAAAAAUAGUGCUCCUAAAACAGACCUUGAGGAACACCCAAACUUAAUUUGGAUUUUUCAGAGGAUAAACCAUCCACAGAGACAGAAUUAUAUAUUUUCGACAGAUAAGAUCUAAACCACACAUAAACGUCUGUGUAAACCACUUACGGUUUCCAAUCUCUCCAAAAGAAUGUGGUGAUCGAUGGUGUCAAAAGCGGCACAAAUGUCUAGGAGCACGAGGACAGACGCAGAGCUUUGGUCUGACACCAUUAAAAUGUAAUUUACCACCUUCACCAUCGCGGUCUCUGUACUACGAUUGGGUCUAAGACCAGACUGGAGCAUUUAGUUUACAUUAUUUGUCAUCAGGAAAGCAGUGAGUUGCUGAGCAACAGCUUUUUAUUAAAUAACAAUUUCAGAGGAAUGGGAGAUUCGAUAUUGGCAGAUAUUUUCUUUUUUUUAUCUCAAGGCUUUUUACGGAGCGGCUUUAUUACUGCCACUUUUAGUGUGUUUGGUACAAAACCCACUGAGUCUAAAUAAAAUAAAAUAUUAUCUGGCAUGACUACGAGAUCCGAAUUCAGGGAACUCAGUGAGGAAUUCUGUAUAUGGCCCAGGAGGCCUGUAAACAGUAUCUAUAAAAGUGACUGAGUAGGCUGCAUAGAUUUCAUGACUAGAAGCCAAAAGACGAAAACGUUGUAAAUUGAAAAUUGCUGUCAUAAAUGUUAGCAACAUCUCCGCCUUUGCAGGAUGUGUGGGGAUAUGGUCACUAGUGUAACCAGAAGGAGAGGCCUCAUGUAACGCAGUAAAUUCAUCAGGUUUGAGCCAUGUUUCAUCAAGCCAAUCGCAUCAAUCACAAGCCCUAUCUCAAAUAUGAAGACCUACCUCCUGUCACACAGGAAGGCCUAGCUCGUCUUCCUUGAAUAUGAAGACAUAGUCUUCAACACAAAACGCUCUUGUUGUUAGUAGCCUAAAGUCAAAUUAAAAUGAAGACCGUUUAAAUGAAUUAAGCCUUCUCAAAUAUCUGUGGCUGGUGCUUCAUAGUAAUGUUGGUUGUGUAAAUUACUAGAAUCUGGCUUAUUGUGAGGUCAAUAAGUCUGAGAAAUAUAUUCAUUAUGGGCAGCGAAACAUAUCGUUUUUAUUCAAAUCAAUUAAAGCAGUAGCAAGCUUACCACCGGUCCUCCUUUUCAUCGCCACGCUUUCCCUCUCAAACUGAACAGGACAUCAACAGGCCCAGUCCGAACGCACAGGAAUUGUAAAAAAUAAAAUAAAAUAAAAAUGUCAACAUUAUUUUCAAAAGAAGCCAUUCACUCAUCUCCUGAAGUGCCAACGUAUACAGCACAGUCAUUGGUUAGGCAGCACAAAAGGGUUUACAUCAGCAAGAGCAGGGCAGGCCGGGGUUCAUGAUUGGGAUAGCCUAUCCAUUGAAGUGUAUAAUGCUGUGUAGCCUAGUUUUAUAUACACCAUCCCAGCAGCGCAAAAACACGGGAAGUACAUUUUCUUGGAAAUAUAACUUUGCCCUGUGCUUCUCCGAGCAUGCUCUUCGUAUAGCCUAGGCCUAUAGCCUAUAGAAUAUGGAUCAUUUGAUUGAGACCACACUAGGAGCACUUAAUAUUGCGCACCCUGCAGAUAAUCAGGGAUGAGGGACAGCAUCGGGCACACAUUGAGAUGUAAUAAGCAACUACUUCUCAAACUCUUGAGCAAUAUGACAUUUAAUCUAACCUGGACUAGAUACAAAAAAAUACUCAACCCCCCCCCCCGACUAAAAAUGAAAUAGCAUGGCCCUACCCCAUUUUUCUCCACUCCCAGUUCUGAACAUUUUGAAAAGUCCUUCACAGUUUAUACACAUGAGGAAGUAGUGCUAGUUAUACAGUUUCAUAGAAUGUUUACUUCAGGUGUAAAUCAUCAAUCAUUCUCAUUUACGACAUUUUGCUAAAACAUUUUACCAGUUACAAAAUCCUAUGAUUCUGAACAUACCGUGUACCUACUUACAUAUUAAAAACAUCACUGUAGAAUUUGAUUUAUUUUGCACUUUAAAUGUCACUAUGUUUCUUUGUCUUUUCUCAGUAUGUUAUUCUGUGCUUCACGUAUAAUGUGUUACCCUUUUAUCUUACAGGAAUCAUAAUUUCUCUCAUCAAAUGACAAGGAUAAUACAACUUACAAUACAACGAAACAUCUACUCUAGUACAAUACGUUUUCAAAUCCAUUUAUUUUGCUUCAUACAAUACCCCAACAACUUUCUGAUGUCACCCCAAAAUGUCUUGAACAAUUUAGUGAGACAUGCACUCAGGUAGAGCUGCUAUGUGAUGCCAAUCAUUCACAGUUUAAUAUGAAGCAAUUUCAUUGGCUCACACUAAUAAAAGUUUGCUUUUAAUUGGUCCAUCUAUUUUACUUUUUUACCAAUCAGCAUUUCUAAGAAAUUUGGCAUGCCUUGAAAUAUACUUGCUUCUGGUUUUCCAUAAUAGUUUAUUGUACAUAAUAUAGUUACUUCUUGAGACAAAAGGUCAUCUUUAUUUUUAUUUGAUAAAUCAAAGAACUGUUGAGAAAAAAAAUGUAAUUGCAUUUGUUUUGUUAACUUUAUUUUUCAGAAGUAUCAAAUUGUUGGAUGAGACCUCCUCAAGCUCUAAUAAUGCUGCUGCAUUCAAACUAACAAAAAUGUGUUAAAUAUCUGUGUGUAAUUUGACAUGAUUCAAAAGAUUGUUUGGUGAGAGAGAUGGAACUUAAUAUUGAAUGUAAUCAGGAAGAAAAAACUUGCAGCGAUGACAAACUACAGCAUUCAUAACUAAAUGUAAAUUGAAAUGCGGAAAAAUGCUAACCAAUCAAGGCUAUUACAAACUACAUGUACCUACAUUUUUAAGAAUGUCAAGAUAAAGUAUCCAAUCUAAAGCAUUGACUGUUGUACUUUAUCAAUGAAUACAUAAUGUGAUGUUAGGAAGAGGGAGAAAGAUAGUAUUCUGUUAUGGGUACAUUCAAUAUGUUUUCUGUUCCCCUUCUCUGUGGACUAUCGAUCUGCCCAAUCCAGGGUGAACUUUGCAUGAAUGUGUUUCAUGAAUUAAAUCAUUAUCCAAUUAACUGCUUAUUAUAUGAACUAGCUUGCUGACAAGUUGCCAUUUGAUCACUGAUGAUCGACAAUAAAGACCUGCUUCAUUCAUGUUGGGAUUGACCAUUGACUUGGUUUGAAUAUUUAUCUUUGUUUAGCUCACCAACAUGAGACCAUCCAUGUUGAAUUUUUGCAUUAUGUUGACAUAUAUAAUUCAUAUUGGUUUUCCAAGCUGGUGGAAGCAAAAUAGCCCUGUAACAGCAAAGCUUCCCCACCAUAUUUUACAGUAGGUAUGAGUAGGUCUGCAUAUGUAUCCUUCUUUCCAGGCCAAAGAGCUCUAUUUGACCAUAGCGCCUGUUCCAAUCCAAGUGCCAAUGCCGUUUAGCAAACUCCAGGCAUUUACAUUUGUUGGUUGCUCUCAAUGAAAGUGUCUUUCUGGCAACCGCUCCAAAGAGCCUAUUGGCAAAGGAGAUGGCGUCAAAUUGUAGAUUUGGAAACUUGGUGACCCGAAGAUGUGACCAAGUUCUGUAAUUCUCCAGCUGUGGCCCUUGGACAUUUCUUUGCCUCCAGAACCAUCUUCCUCACUUUGCGUGGGGAAAAAAAUACACAUGCAUUCAAUAUCAGGCAAGAUUACCACUGUUCCAGUACCCAUUACCUGAUUUAUGAAGGUCAAUAACCAUUUGUGAGUUAUUUGCUUUUUCCUAUGCGUGUUGCUUCAUUUAUCUACCCCAGUAAAACAGGAAGCCACGGAAGACCAAAACGCAUUCCAUAAGAUAAUAAUCAUUUAAAAAAGUAGAAUGUUAAUGCAGAUUUUAUUUUGUUUGUUUAUAUUUAUAAUAAUCUUUAGGGGUGCCAAUAAUUUUACCCCUAUUUCUUUGAGAGAGAAAAUGCAUUACUUGUUAAACAAAAUCAAUUUUUCUGAACAAUUGCUUAGUAGCUCAGUAUUUAUA